GGCGGGGCCGACGGUGAGCGGCGAACAUGGCGGAGCGUGUCAAGAAGAGGCCCUGCGGCCCGGGUGAACAUGGCCAAAGGGUCGAGUGGCGAAAAUGGAAGCAACAGAAGAAAGAGGAGAAAAAGAAGUGGAAGGACCUCAAGCUGAUGAAAAAACUGGAGCGGCAGCGGGCCCAGGAAGAACAGGCGAAGCGCCAGCAGGAAGAAGAGGCUGCUGCACAGAGGGAGGACCAAGGUCGGCCUUACACCCUGAGCGUGGCCCUGCCAGGCUCCAUCCUGGACAACGCCCAGUCACCGGAGCUUCGCACCUACCUGGCUGGCCAGAUUGCCAGAGCCUGCACCAUCUUCUGUGUGGAUGAGAUUGUGGUGUUUGAUGAAGAAGGCCAAGAUGCCAAGACUGUGGAGGGUGAAUUCAGGGGCGUUGGCAAGAAGGGGCAGGCGUGCGUGCAGCUGGCCCGGAUCCUGCAGUACCUGGAGUGUCCGCAGUACCUAAGAAAGGCGUUCUUCCCCAAGCACCAGGAUCUCCAGUUUGCAGGGCUUCUGAACCCCUUGGACAGCCCUCACCACGUGCGUCAGGAUGAGGAAUCCGAGUUCAGAGAAGGCAUCGUGGUGGACCGGCCCACCCGGCCAGGCCACGGGUCCUUUGUCAACUGUGGCAUGAAGAAGGAGGUGAAGAUUGACAAGAACUUGGAGCCUGGACUUCGGGUGACGGUGCAGCUGAACCAGAAGCAGCUCCCAGAAAGCAAGACCUACCGGGGAAAAGUCGUGUCUUCGCAGGACCCUCGCACCAAAGCCGGUCUCUACUGGGGCUACACAGUCCGGCUGGCUUCCUGCCUCAGUGCCGUGUUUGCUGAGGCUCCCUUCCAGGACGGGUAUGACCUGACCAUUGGGACAUCAGAGAGAGGCUCAGAUGUGGCGUCUGCCCAGCUUCCCAGCUUCAGGCAUGCUCUCGUGGUGUUCGGGGGCCUCCAGGGGCUGGAAGCUGGAGUAGACGCGGACCCCAACCUGGAGGUGGCCGAACCCAGCGUCCUCUUUGAUCUGUAUGUCAACACGUGCCCCGGCCAGGGCAGCCGCACCAUCCGCACCGAGGAAGCCAUCCUCAUUUCCCUGGCCGCCCUGCAGCCUGGCCUCACCCAGGCGGGGGCCCGUCAGGCCUACGACAGCAAAGCAGCAGCAGGGAAGCCAGAGGUUCCUGGGGUUCCCCCGGGACAGACGCAGCCAUGACUUGUCUCCAGAAAUCACCACCUUUAAUGCAGCCCCGCCCCCGCAGUCUGGCAGGGCUGUGGCCUUCACUUGCUGCCUGCAGUGACGGCCUUUAGGCUGCCUGCCCGUGCCAGAAUAUUUGGCACGAAGAGCAGCCCCGAGGCCCGCUCAAUGCUCUCGAUGGGCACCAGGAAGCGCUCCAGCGGAACCGCCUCGUCCACGGGAGCGUUGGGCAUCACGUAGGAGCGGAGUUCGAUUUGCCCGCCUGCGGCCUCCAGGAUCAGCACCUUGAAGAAGUGGGUGGGCACCGCCACGUGGUUCUUCCCGAUGACCUGAUACUUCACAUAGGACUUCCCGUCAGCCUCCGUCCUGCGGGCAGAGCCGGGCACACAUGGCCUUUCAGGGCUCCCAGGGCGUCUGGUCGGACCCACGGCUGCUGCCCUGACCUGACUUCCAACUUGUGUCAGCCUGUAGGACUGCCACCUCAGCGUGAGGCUUCCGUGCCCUUCUUGGCUCCCCAGGAGGCUAGGAUCUCCCUGCAGGGUGAACACUCUCCUACCCUGUUUUCCUCGUGCCCAGCACUGGGUCAGGCAGGACGGGUGACAGCAGUAAACGUUACUCAGAGAAUCGGGCCUUGUGGACAUU